CCGACUCUCGGUUGUAACCGAUUUUCACUACAUCUUCUUCGUUUCUUAACGUUUGCCGCUAGUAAUUUCGCGCAGAAUGUCUGUGAGAGAUAUUUAUUAUUCCCCAAGAUACGCCGAUGACGCAGGUGAAUACGAAUUUAGACAUGUUAUCUUACCAAAAGACAUCGCUAAGAAAGUUCCUCAGAGGCUUAUGACAGAACAAGAGUGGCGAAAUUUGGGGGUUCAGCAAUCACAAGGAUGGGUACAUUACUUGAGACACGGACCAGAGCCACAUAUACUCUUAUUCAGGAAGAAAGUGAAGUAAAAAGCCUUGCUCAGGAAACAUAUUGUACAGACAUUUAUGAAAUGAAUUUAAGUUGGAUUUGAAAUGUAAUGAUAAAAACAGGGAUCAUAUUCUUGUCCACUCUGUCAGAGGCAUUUUAAAUGGUGCAUGAACAAUACGAUCAAGCGCUUGCAAAAUCAUCAAGGGGCUGCUUCAGAUUUAACAUGCUGUCAAUGUCUGCCUCUCCAGGACUUAUUGUGGGCCUGUUAGUUAUAUUUUGUACAUAUAAAUGCAAUUUUUUUUACUGUGGAAGUCUUAGAUAGCUGUCUUUGCAUGCUUGCUCUCAAGUUACCUUAUUGGUGGUAAAAUGUUUGACCUUGUUAGAAUGUUCUUGCCUCAAAAUUUUCAUGUGUUUCAAUCAUGGAAAAACAUGCCACUUUUAAUUUUACUUUAAGUAAGAUUUU